AUGGAAUGUGGAGAAGUUACGGCUGAAGCUCUGGCAGAAGUACUCAGUAUUAAAACUACAAAAGAUGGCGAAUUAUAUUAUAUACAUUAUAUUGACUUCAAUAAGAGAUUAGAUGAAUGGGUAACAAAAGACAGAUUAGAUCUGAAAAAAAUUCAACUUCCAAAAAAAGAAACAAAGACUCCCGUUAAAGAUGGGAAAACUGAAUCCAGACCAUCGUCUCCUGAAAGAGAACUUGUCGUAGGUCCUCCUCGCAUUCCUUCUUCUAUAUAUACAGAGCAGCCAGUUGUAAAUAACAGAUCACCAUCAGUGUUGUAUGUAGAUCAGAAUGUGGUAGGUGUCACUCUGGCAGAAGUACUCAGUAUUAAAACUACAAAAGAUGGCGAAUUAUAUUAUAUACAUUAUAUUGACUUCAAUAAGAGAUUAGAUGAAUGGGUAACAAAAGACAGAUUAGAUCUGAAAAAAAUUCAACUUCCAAAAAAAGAAACAAAGACUCCCGUUAAAGAUGGGAAAACUGAAUCCAGACCAUCGUCUCCUGAAAGAGAACUUGUCAAUGGGAGUGCUCCUCCUAAAAAAUCAACAGGAGGUGGAGGUGGUGGUGGUGGUCGCAAACGAAAAUUUGCCUCUUUAGAUGAGGAUUCACAAGAGAAUACUCCAAGUCCCCGUAUAACAGGGAGUUUGGUAGCUCAUCGUUCAGUAAUGUAA